AAGGCAAAAACAUCUGGUUUGAUUACUGGUUAAACAUACUAACCUCCGCCUCAAAAGCGGUCUAUCUUAUAUAUCUCUCAAGCCAGCCUUUCCCAGCCUUUCGGCCCUUUCCCACUCUUCAAGAAGUUGUAAAGUCGUUCUAUCUUACUAUAAAUUAAACACCACACAGGGACCUCUUCAUUUCCAAACACAAGCUCUCAAAGAAUAACGGUGAAGAAGCAGCAGCCGCAGCAGAACAGGACUGAAGAAUACUAAGGUGGAAGCAAUCAUCAAUGGCGUCAGACAAGGUGGUAGAGACGGUUAUUGUUGGAAACUAUGUGGAGAUGGAGAGUGAAAGGAAGCCCAAGGACAUCAAAACCAGAUUAUCAAAGAUAUUUUGGCAUGGUGGUUCAGUUUAUGAUGCUUGGUUCAGCUGUGCUUCUAAUCAGGUGGCUCAGGUUCUGCUCACUUUGCCGUACUCAUUUUCUCAGCUGGGAAUGCUAUCUGGGAUACUAUUCCAGUUGUUCUACGGCUUGAUGGGUAGUUGGACGGCCUACCUCAUUAGCAUUCUAUAUGUAGAGUACAGAACCAGAAAAGAAAGAGAGAAAGUGGACUUCAGGAACCAUGUCAUUCAGUGGUUUGAAGUUUUGGAUGGGCUCCUCGGGAAACACUGGAGGAAUGUAGGCCUGGCAUUCAACUGCACAUUUCUUCUGUUUGGAUCUGUCAUUCAACUCAUUGCCUGUGCAAGCAAUAUCUAUUACAUAAACGAUAAUCUAGACAAGAGGACCUGGACGUACAUCUUCGGAGCUUGUUGUGCAACUACGGUCUUCAUUCCCUCUUUUCACAACUACAGAAUCUGGUCUUUCCUGGGCUUGAUAAUGACCACUUAUACAGCUUGGUAUCUCACCAUUGCCUCUCUCCUUCACGGACAGGUAGAAGGAAUUAAGCAUUCAGGUCCAACCAAGCUAGUUCUCUAUUUCACAGAAGCAACAAACAUUCUCUACACUUUUGGGGGGCAUGCCGUUACAGUAGAGAUCAUGCACGCAAUGUGGAAGCCUCAGAAGUUCAAGGCGAUAUAUCUUUACGCGACGCUGUACGUGCUGACACUGACGCUCCCGUCGGCCAUCGCCGUGUACUGGGCAUUCGGGGACUUGCUUCUGAAUCACUCCAACGCCUUUGCUCUGCUUCCGAGAUCACCCUUCAGGGACAUGGCCGUGGUAUUGAUGCUCAUCCAUCAGUUUAUAACCUUCGGCUUCGCAUGCACCCCUCUCUAUUUCGUGUGGGAGAAGGCCAUCGGGAUGCACGAGUGCAAGAGCUUGUGCAAGCGCGCGGCUGCCAGGCUACCGGUCGUCAUCCCCAUCUGGUUCCUCGCCAUCAUCUUCCCUUUCUUCGGCCCCAUCAACUCCACCGUUGGAUCGCUUCUCGUUAGCUUCACCGUUUACAUCAUCCCUGCUCUUGCCCACAUCUUCACCUUCCGAUCCGCAGCUUCUCGAGAGAACGCAGUGGAGCAACCGCCGAAGUUGCUAGGGAGAUGGGCGGGAAUAUAUUCGAUAAACGUAUUUGUAGUGGUGUGGGUACUGGUAGUUGGGUUUGGAUUCGGUGGGUGGGCGAGCAUGACCAACUUCAUCCACCAGAUCGACACCUUUGGACUCUUCACCAAGUGUUAUCAAUGUCUUCCCCCUCUACCAACCUCAACCUCGCCUCACCCUCCUUUUAACACCACCACUGCUCCUCCUCCCACUCCUCACCACCUCCAUCACAACCAACAUCUACACAGCCCAUGAUCCAUCUACCUCAAUCAAUCAAUCAAUUAUCGGCUAGCUUUUGAUGUCUGCACAGAUACUCUUCAUCUUUUAUCAUAUCACAUCAAAAAGCCAAGAAAAAAAAAAAAAAGACAGAGAAAGCGCAUCGCUCAAGUCCUACUCGAUCGAUCGUUCACCCUUGAAACGGUGGGUGCAUCACCAAAGUUAAAAAGAACUUGUCCUUGGCUCGUGGCUUUCCUUCUCCUGAACUCUUAGAAGACAAAACCAUCUCUUCCUUUCUCUCUUUAUCUAUUAUUGUUAGACUUGUUUAGCUUAUCAGUAGUUAUCAGUGCCUUUGUUAUUAUGUAGUUUGGGAAUGAAAUGCUAUAAGAAAUUCAUAUGCUAGAUUGCAAAGUAA